AUGAAUAAUUUUAAGACCGUUUUAUCAGCUUUGGUGCUGUGGACCGCAUUCGUAUGCAUCUCAGCGGACAACACAGGAUACGUCCGUCAGGAUGCUGAAGUUUUAAAACGUGCUUUCACUCGUGAUUGUGAUACUGGAUACAGCCUAAAAUGCCUAAAACUCGACGCGGUUGCAUUCAUCGAAAAAAUGGCAGAGACCGAGGAAUAUACCCUUCUGCCAGGCGUGACUGUUAUCAAAGAAAACAGCGCCAACGAGAGCAAAACCGCUGAAAUUGUUGCAGAGAUGGCCAGGAGCUUCCCUAACGAUCCCGACAAGCGCCUCGAUGGUUAUUUGAUGAGCAAAUUGAGCGGAUACCUGUCCAGCCACACCCUGCGAUUGAAACUUUUGGACGCUGACACCGCCGAAGAGGCCCGCGACUUGGUCACCGGACGUGGCAAGGGAGGAAUCGGCGGCGGCGGCGGCGGUGGCAAAAAAGGAGGCAUGGGCGGAAUCAUCGCUGCUGCUAUGAUGAUGAAAGGUACAUUGAUGUCUGUGGGUAUGGGUGCUUUGGCUCUUUUGGCUGGUAAGGCUUUGAUGACCGCCAUGAUGGCUCUUAUGUUGUCCGCCAUCAUCGGUUUGAAAGCUUUAUCCCACGGUGGAGAAAAGAAAACGACUUACGAAAUUGUAGCCAAACCAGUGUACUCGCACUCGCACAGCCAUUCAAGCAGCCACGAAGACAUCGGACAUGGCGGACACUCCGGCUACGGUGGCUACGGCAGAUCUCUCAACUUCGCCCUACCUGAGCAUUUGAAACACUAG